AUGAACAAGCUCAAGCUCUUUCAGGAAAACGAUGCAGAGAGUUUGUAUUCCACCGCCAAGUACCUCUACUUGAAGACCCAUUUUUGGAGCACAUAUUUAACCACUUCACAGCUUCAAGUCUUCAACAAGGUAUUUGGAUCGAAUUUACCCAAAUCCCAAAGCAAAUUGCUUUGGAACCACUUGAUAAAUGGUAAUAUCGUGAUAAAAGACGAGGAGCACCGUUCAAUUGAUUCGGCGCUUCUCAAUUCUAAAGCAACCUGCCUUCGAAUACGCUCGUUACUUUGGGGGAAAGCGACAUCAUACUAUUAUAACUUGGUGAACCAUACCAACGACCGUGAUGGUGGAGAAAUAUUCGAGAUUCUCGAGGACGAUGAUAGUGAUUUCGAAGAUGCCUCCAGUGAGCAUCAUCAACAACAGCUACCUCAACAACAGCCGUCAAAACCAAUUAGGGACCCUGAUGAAGAUGAUGACUACGAUGACGAUGAUGAUGAAGAAGAAGAACAACAAGGGAAUAAGGAUACUGAGAUGAAAGAGAAUGAUCAAACCAAAGAAACCAAACCUAAUGACCAAAGUGUAUUUGAAUAUUAUGAAAAAUCUUUGAUUUUAGAUUUGAUUGGGUUUACAGAGACAACAAGUGAGAGCGAUUCGUAUGAUUCAAAAAACCAAAAGCACAACCAACAACAGGAAACCCGAAAGUCACAAUCAGGGAAACCACAAACUAAUACCAAAUUGAAUGGUAACCCAACCCUAACCACCAGCAAAAUGUCUACUAGCUUGAAUAGCAGUGAUACGAUUGUUACCACCCAAGAAUUAGAAAUCAUCAAGAAUAUGAAUAGUGUGUACCAUAAUUUCGAAAAUGAUAAAGAAACCCUUAUGAAAAGAGAGAAAUUGGAAGCCAAUGAUAAAAUCGUCGACCAGCAAUUGACUUCAAAGCUACCUAGCUCAGAAAUACAAAGUUUGUCGAAUCAAUUGAGUAUGAAUAUUGGUAGUGCCAAUUUAUCAUUGAAAUAUCUAUUGAAAUUAAUUGAUAAUAAUAAAGACAGGGUGCCGAACUUGACAAAUAGAGAACUAACGAACUUGAUUCAUGAUGUCAAGAAAUCAAAAUCGAAAUGGAGCUCCGAUGAUCGAAUUGGCCAAGAGGAAUUGUACGAAGCAUGCGAAAAAGUGGUCACUGAACUCCGAGGGUAUACUCAACACUCAACCCCAUUUCUCACCAAAGUUUCUAAAAGAGAAGCCCCUAACUAUUAUCAAAUCAUCAAGAAACCAAUGGACUUGAAUACCGUAAUGAAAAAAUUGAAGAAUUUAGAUUAUAAAUCAAAAAACGACUUCCUCAGUGAUUUAAUGCUCAUUUGGACAAACUGUCUUACCUACAACACCGAUCCUGCGCAUCAAUUACGGAAAGAUGCACUAGCAAUGAGGAAAAAAACUCAAAGUCUAACGCCUUUAAUUCCUGAUAUUACUAUCAGAACCAAAGCGGAAAUGGAAAAGGAAGAGAAAGAAUUGGAGCAACAAAUGAGCCAACGAAAGAAUCAAAAGAAGCUAAACGGGGGUAAAGGAUUGAAAAGAACCAGCAAUGGUACAGUUCUCAAUAUUAAUCCUCCGGAUUCUGCGUCUCCACAACCAGCCCCAACUCCAAAUCAAUCGAUGCUUUCGACGGCCGCGGCUAACACUCCCGAACCAAGUAGUAGUGUUGGGGCAAAUGACGAAGAUUUAAACGAAUCUCAGGCAGAUCUAUUCGAUAAUGAAGUAUCCCAAACCCCACAUGACGACGAUAUAGACCAAGAAAAUGAUUUCAAUGAAGAAAUUAAUGACUUAGAAGUCCAAGUUUGGAAGAACUAUACCUCAAAACUUAGAGGGGAUUUCUUGCUUCGGAGAUCCAAACUCUUCAUCAAAGAUGAAAACAAUGAGUUGAAAUUAAAUUCUAACGCUGAAGCGGUAUUAAGAGAUUCGACAAGGAUGUCUGAGUUUAUGAGGGUGGUUGCAGGUAUUCGAAAGUAUGAUACCGAAGAAGAUGGAGGAGUGGAAUCCAAACAAGAUUUUAGUAAGCUGUGGGUUGGCAAAGAAAAGAAAUCCAAGUUAGAGAACGCUGCUGAUAUCAAGCUUUCCGAUAAUGAUCAUGAUGAAAAUGGGAUCGAUGAUGAUUUGUAUCUUACGGAAUAUGAUAUCAUUAAUGGUAUUCCGGUAAUUAGCUAUCAAGGUGAGGAUGAGAAUGAGCUAUCAAGAAAAGAAAACAAGAUUUUGGAACGCUUGAAUUUCCAGCGAAAAAUGAACGGGUCUGAUUCGCUUGAAAAUGGUGAGACCAGUGAUUUCGUCCCGCCUAAAAAUGGGUUGAAUAAGAUCGUGGUUGAGAAUAUUACCGAAAUGCAAGAUAUUAGAAAGAUUUGUUUCAAGAUCUCGUUGAUUAGACGGAUGCAAAAUAAUCAAAUCAUUCACCAUACCCAACUUAAGGCCCCAGCGUUUGAAAGAUUGAAAGAUUUGGAUUUGAAUCCUCUUGAAAAAGAAUCGGAACAAGUGGUGUUUGAUCAUAAAUUUAACAGUACUUUUAUUUAUGAUAUUCUAAAGAAAAAUGUCGGGAAAGUAUUGAUGAACACCGGGUUUGAAGCAGCUGAUCCCCACGCAAUUGAGGUGAUCACCCAAAUUGCCGAGAAUUUCAUGGGGAAUCUAAUCCGCACAAUCAAGUUGCAUUUAGAAACUAGUUCACAAAAUAGAAUUUUGAGUAAAUCGGAUAUUUUGCUAUUAUCGUUGGUGGAGAACGGGAUUUCUAAACCAGACGAUCUUUUCAAUUACGUCAAGGACGGGAUUUUCAAACAGAAUUCCAAAUUAAAAGAACUACGGCAGAAAUUAUCAAAUUUCUUGAAAGAAUUGCUUCGUCCGACAUUAUUGUCAUUCCAAACCGAGAAGGAUCUUAUGAAUGAGAAGAAUUUCACCGAUAAUUCCGACCAAUUUCUCACUGGGGAUUUCUCUAAUGAAUUGGGUGAGGAUUUCUUUGGUUUCAGAGAAUUAGGACUCGAUAAAGAGUUCCAUAUGCUAUCAUCGUCGAUUCCUCUACAUUUGUUGAAUUCUCGUUUGAAUAAUUCGUUGUUCAAUUCGCAAAAUGCCAAUGCUGCCGAUCAAAAAUUGAUUGAAGAAUUCGAUAAGAAUGUCAAAUACGAACGGUUGACCAAAGCGGAUAUUGGCAAGCAAAUUGGGUUGGCCUCGCCAUUCUUGAAGAAAUUCUUUGAGAAAUCCAAGGUGGUGUACUUGAAAAACUUCAAAAACAAUAACACUACAAAUAAGGAAUUACCGCUCACCAAUAAGGAAGAGGAAAUGUUGAUUUUGGAAGAUGAAGAUAUGCCACAAAAGCAGAGAAAUAUCCGCCCAAGAUUGCCGCCUAAUGGUAAGAUUUCUGGGGUUAAGAGAAGAACAGUGGGGAAUGGGUUUUUCCUUAAUGAAGACGAUGCCGAAGAAACCCAUGUUUUUGGUGCUGGUGUUGUGCUAGCCAACAAUAACAGGGUGAAAUAA